UAAACCUUUGCCCAAUCAAGUACCCAACUGGCCGGCAGAAAACGGUACAUCCCCAAAAUAUACAAAAAGGUAAAUGGUAACAGAGCUGCUACGCUGCCACGUCAGCAUUAUACAAACAAACAAAAAUAUGAAGGAGCGAUCCGAAGCGAUCACUUACACUGUGCUUCUAUCGCAUUUGUAUUUAAUUGCGUGUACGCCAUUUCAGUGUACGAUUUACAAUCGAAAAGUGCAGAAUUAGCAUAAAAUCAUAUUGGAAAUAUGUCCGAAAAUAAAGAGACUGACAAAAUGGAGGCACGAAGCUAUCAACUGCGACUCGUGGAAUACAUCGUUAAACGAAAUGGUAUUAUUUACUUGCCCACUGGCUCUGGCAAAACUUACGUGGCCAUCCUGGCCCUUAAGCGAUUUUCCCAAAACAUGGACAAGUGAGUGUAACAACUUAA